AUGAUCAAUUCAAUAUUAACCAAGAUUCAUUCUUCACAGAUAGACAAUAUCAUCAAACAGGUCAAGCACAAACCAGUAAAAAUAAUAUACAAAGCAAGACAUGUUAUAUAUGUGGCAAAGAAGAGUGUAGUUCAUGGAAGCACACCAAUGAUGAACGCGAAAGAUCUAAGGCAAUGUUUCGAACUUCACUUAGAGAAAAGCUAG